CCAAAACAAAAGUAAUGCCAGUUGCAUAAUUUCCCGCCAUCUAGGUUUUAUACCCGCUUCAAUUUCGCAAUUCCUUCGCGACAUUUCUAAUUAUUCUCAAAACUAAGGGAAGUAAAAUAAAGAAGCCUACAUCAACUCCAGUUUAGUUGCAGAAAAUGGCUGGUCAAUCUAACUCACAACUCUCUCUCUUUUCUCCAGAAGAGGUAGAGUUUAUGGCGGAAGAUGAAUUAGUAGAAAUUGUUCCCAAUCUAAGAAUGGAUUCCCUCAAUUUUAUUUCUUUUUUUGAUCAAGUGCAAUGGCAGGGAGAUUAUGGUCCUUUUUAUCCACAAAUAGCUACUCAAGUACCAUUAUGGUUAGCUGUAGCUUUAAAGAAGCGCGGAAAGUGCACAGUUAGACCUCCUCAGUGGAUGUCUAUUGAAAAUUUAACCCAGGUUUUGGAAGGGGAACGAGAUUCACAUGCAUUUGAGCCAUUACCCUUUCAUUAUGUGGAAAUCUCCAGACUUCUUUUUGACCAUGCACGCGAUGACAUUCCUAAUGUAUACAUGGUGAGGUCACUUGUUGAGGACAUUAGAGAUGUACGAUUUCAUAAAGUGGAGACUAGUCUAGCAAAGUUUACUGCAUCAACAGUGACGUGGAAAAAUAUGUCAGCGAUGGAAGUGAAUAUAAUUCGUGCAUUUGCUGGGAGAGCCUUACAGGCAUUCUAUAAGCACGAGAAUGAGCAGGUUAUGGUAGAUUCAGACAGAACACAAGAUAGACAGCCACAAGUACCCAACGUCAGGCCAAAACGGAAUUUGAAGCCUAGAUAGCAAAUCAUCAUCUAAUGCAGUUCCUUUCUGAUCUCAAUCUGAGAAUGUUUCAGCAGGCUAUUACAUCAGGUAUUUCCAUUAACUUUUGGAACCCUUUCCAAAGAAUCUUGUCUAAUUAUUAUAGUGAUCAACAGCAGAAAUUCUCAUGCUGAAUGCUUUAUUGUUAUUAUAAUGAUAAUAUAAUAAUAAUAAUUUAAUUAUUUUUUGAGCA